CCAGUCUAAGCCACUCAGAAGAUAAACAGCAUGAAUUUUGGAAUGUGACCAGCAGUUUGAGUUGUUUCCAUGUCCUCCUUCAUAGAGUGAGGAUCCCACUGCGCCGGAACCUGUGGACUUCCCCCUGGACGAAUCUAAACUCAUCCUCAGAGAGAUUGCUCAGGAACUGGACCGGAUAAUGCAGACGAGAGAUCUCUCACUGUCAACCAAUGUCUGUGAAGAUGGGUCUAGUCUGGAGGAGCGACAGGCAUUCCUUCUUCAGUUGGCUCAGGCCCUCCCGCCACAAGCACAUGCCCCAGAGAUGCUCCAAGGACAAACAGCAGUGUUGAGCCCAUGCAGUAAUGGGCUGGAGGAGAACAGGGGAGAAGAUGGCACACCAAAGCCUGAAGAGGGCAAAAGACUGAAGAAGGCCAUUGGUGAUCUUUCUACAUUGAGCUGGAUUCUGAAAGGGAUGGAAGAGGACUCGGUCUGUCUGGAUACGGAUGUGGAUGAGGUGGUGAAAGAGAUGUUCAAACUGUGGAAGAAGGCCAAACUGCCCAACAUACUCCCUGUGCUGGACUUUGUUAUCUUGAGUAUCCUCAAGCAGGAAGGACAAAAGCUGUCUAUUGCAAAACAUUGGAACAGAAAUCAAGAGCUCUUCAACAGUAAGGCUGAUCCACAACAUGCUCCAGAUUCUGUAUGGAAAUGGAUUACCAAGACUAGAGCUGAGGUCAGACUAGACCCGUCUACCGCAAACCCGUCUCUGAAGAUAUCCCCAGACGGGAGAGCGUUGAAAAUGGACGAGAUCGUGGAGAGCAUCUACGACCCAUGGAAAGGCUUCACAAGAACCAAACACCGAUAUGACGGCUGGUUGUGCGUGUUGGGCAAAGAGGGCUUUGCUUCCGGAAAGCAUUACUGGGAGGUGGAUGUCAGAGGCAAGACGGAGUGGAGGAUGGGGGUGGUCAGGGAGUCAGCUCCCCGAAAUGGCUUUAAAAGCCUGAACCCGAAAACCUAUCACUGGACUUUGAAAUUGCAAUUGGGCCGGCUCAUGGCCAUGACGGUUCCAGUCACUAAGCUAGCCAGAUGUGCACCCAGUGUGUUGGGUGUGUUCCUUGACAUGGAGGAGGGAAAUGUGUCCUUCUACGAUGUGACAAACAGGUUCCACAUCUACUCGUUCAAUGUCAGUUUCGAUCUUGAUGAAAAGAUUUUCCCUGUGUUUGGCACCGUUGAGACGGGGAGAGAGAUGCGCAUCUUGAAUUGAAAUGAAUUGCACUGCAUUAAGAUGUGUGCAAAUGAUGACUAGAAUUGGACAACUGAAAAAAUCAUAUCAAUAGCACUUAUAUACUAUAUUAUAAGAACAAAGUAGGUUGUGUGUGAGCUUUAAAAAUAGUUUUUGCCCUAAUCCUGGUAGCCGGAACAGCCUUUGCUACAUUUCAUUUGUUGUUGUUGAACACACAUCACACAUGUUGGUCCAAUAAUUUAAACCAGUCUCAUGCACACAAGCUACUUAAAAAAUCAGAACUCACAGACCUUGUUAAAAGUAGUCAAGUAGGUUUACUAAAACAAUUUCUUUAAAUAUGUACAUAAUAAGACUAAGAUAUUAGUCGUUGCAUAUUGUGGGGGACAAGUUGCAUGCACUUCACUUGUAGAUGGCAUCGCAACCUAAAAAUCUCAGCACAGACUCUCCAUAACAUUCUAAACAUGGCUGGAUCACUGCCACUCUCAGAUUGAAGUGACAGAUUAUAGACAUUCUGCACUUUUAGGAUUGGGGUGAAAAAAAUAAUAAUCUGACCACUGUAGCCUACCUUAGGCAUUUGCCACUUUGAGUUUUCCCCCCAUUUCUUAGAAGUAAUGCUUUCCUCUCUAACACAGAGAGACACUACUCUUCAGCUGGGCCGGUUCAUGGCCAUGACGCUGCCAGUCACUAAUGGUUUCACUUUGUUUGGCUCCAUAGAUAUGGGGAUACACAUCUCACAAUUACACCGCUUUGUGUGGUCACAUGAAUUGGCACAACUGAAAGUCAAGUCAUAUUAGGCCAACGUUACCACCACAAUGCAUGAGACUGGUUUGAAUUAUUGAACUGGGUGUGAUAUCACACAAGAGAAAUGGAAUGCAAAGCACUAGCAGUGCAGCUUCUUGGAAGUCAAAAAUGAAGAUUAGCUGUGUGCGUCAUCGCUCCGUUCCUACUGCAUCACUGCCUAAACAAGUGAGCCAUACAAAUAUAUCAACCUUGAAAUUCUGAGUCAUUUUUUAAUUUAUCUCGGGUAAAAAAAUAAUAAUUCUGUUGAAAUCCUACAUAGAAUAGUUAACUUUGACAUUUAUCUACAGCAAUUUAACCACCCCACCUUUAGUUUGUAAGCAUCCAUGUAUCGUGACAAUGAUGAUAUUUCCUCCUCUUACCUGAAGAGGGCAGCCUGGUGCAGCGCACUGCACAGUCAUUCAGCCUAUAAAAAACAUUAAUGUCUUAAUCCAGAAGGAAAUCCCUUCGUGUUUACUGCAUGCCGAAAUCGAAUAUAUUAAACAUAAAAAAAUAUGAAAUAGUCCUCCUUUCCACAACAAUGUUCUUAACUUAAAAGAAGAAAGUAAAAAAAGUAUCCUUUACAAAAUGUAAAACUUCUGAACCCCUGUUCCACCACCAGGGGUUUGAGCACUAGUGAUGACCAGACAUGUUCCCUCGCACGCUCAUCGACAGCCGCACUCAUCCACCACCAUGUCCUGGGGGGUAUUCCAUCAACCAAGCUAAAGGCAAAGCCGGGCUUAUUUCUCUUAGCCUCGCUACUUUCAGCUAGACUUGCGUUCCAUCAACGUGACUUAAGGGAAUCCCCACUAAGUAACCAUGGCAAUUUAUCAGACCAAAUGAACCUGGUCGGUAGCAGGCUAACUGUCAGGCUUACUAGAGCUGUGCUUCAGAGAAGUCCCAUCUGUCGGAAACAAGUGUACCAUCAGAAGGUUAUGCAAAGCCUAGUCCUCACGAUUUAGUCAUAAAUGUACAUAUAUGAAGUACAAACAGCCUAUGUUUUCAGUAAGGGUCUAAAAUUAAAUGAUGCAAAUGAAAUAAUUCAAUGAAUUGCUAUCUAUUGUUAUAGUGGAUAUUUUCUAAACACAUUUUUAGACAAAUUAAUGUAUAUUCGGAACCAGAAGUUGGGUGAGUGGUCCAGUAUCUGCCCUGUAGUACGGGCGACCCGAGUUCGUCCUGGGCAGGUCAUUGAAUUCUUGCUGAUGGCUUAUUUUUGUAAUUUCCUUUAUAUCAGAGAAAUGAGGCCUAACAAUUGACUUUUUUCAUAAUAAAUAUGUCUUACAAUAUCCCUAGACCCCAAAUAUAACUUGCAAAAACCCAUGGUAAAGUUAAUGUUAAUAUUAAUGUUACUGAUAAUGAUAAGACACUGCUUCAUGGGAAAUUGCAGCCGCAUAAAUUCCAUUCAGGUGAGUUUCUCGGCAGGCAGCCAAGACCACUUUUGUUGAGAAAAAUACUCCAAAGAAAAUACUCCUUAAAAUACUAAUUGGAUGGGGAUUGAGCCCCGGACGACCUAGUGCAAGUCUGACACGUUAUCUCAAGACUAUCUCCCUGAUUACUAACCUAUGGUCAAUAUUACAUUUAAAUAUGUUACGCUUAAUACUACUUAUUCAUUCAAAAGAUUGGCGAUUUUAUUGGUUACGGUGUUCCCUUUUUGAGUUAUUAUAUGCUUGUAGUCCUCAUAGACCUCCAAAAGCAGCUUCUGUUCGCCGCUGGAAAAGAUCCCGCUCGGUCCUAUUCGGACAUUUGAUCAAUGAUUUGACAUCCACGGUUCUGGGCUGGUUAUAUAUCUCGUGAACGUGCGUAAUCCACGAUGCUGUUAGCCUGGCUUGAACUAACCUGAGUAAGGUGCGGCUGAACUGGGUUGAUGGAACGGCUUGAGCCUCAAGUGGAAGUUAGCGUUAGUUCUAACCGGGCUUAAUCAACUAAGCACCGCUUUCGUUAGCGACUUUGAUGGAAUACCCCUCUGGUAGUGCCGCAGCACCACGUUGUUGUUGUUGUCAUAGUACAGCAUGGAGAUGGGAGAGAGGCAGAGGGCCCGCUAGCACGGCUGCGUUGGUCCAGAGCGGCUCGAAGUACCUUGACACGUCGAUGGCCCGGGGCCCCAGGAAAAACUCAGGGGCCUUGAGCACCUGACCACUGAAACUCGACCUCCAGCCGGGCCCGAGAGAGCUGCUCCACAGGCUGCAGGACGACACGUUGAAGAACAUCUGCUCCUCCACGCAGUCCUGGCCACCCCAGCAAGACACCAACCUGCCUGCACUACUGGACAUAGACUUAGCUCAACCAUGUGGGCCUCCAGAUUAAGGUGACAAGAUUUCCAUAUGGUGGUCCAUAUGUCAACAAAAUAUC